AGAACCAAGGACAAAGCCUGACCGCGCUGCGUCAGGACGCCGCGGAUGCAGAGCUGAGACGCACAGAGAAAAUCUCAGAGCAAAGCGGCAACCUGACGAGGAGCUGUGUCAUCUACACACCAACGUCGCUUCUGUGUUUAAUUCGAUCGAGAAAAAAACAGUUAUGUGAGCAGAUAUUAUGGAGAUCCGCGAAAGAGCCUAAAAUCUUACACUUUGUUUUUCUAAGAGGUGAGACUUUUGCACUUGAACCUAGAAUCGACUUCACUGACCACCGUCGGGAAUUCAAGUUAAAAUGUCUGGACAAUUUAGCGACACUAAUUACGAAGGCUCAACAGGGAUAGUCUAUGCUGCAACCUCAAACUUCAGCUGUGUUUGCAACACCACCAACUGCUCAUUCGGUGAAUACUUCCACCAGUCAGACUUUGACAAAACUGAUUUUGGCGGAGAUGGCGCCGCCGUCGUGAGGAUUAUUAUCUCUAUCAUUUACUCUCUGGUUUGCGCGCUGGGUUUGGUUGGAAACUUGCUCGUGUUGUACCUAAUGAAGUCUAAACAGGUGUGGAAAAAAUCCUCCAUCAACCUUUUCGUAACUAGUUUGGCAGUCACUGACUUCCAGUUUGUCCUGACUCUGCCGUUCUGGGCGGUGGAAAACGCGCUGGACUUUACUUGGCUCUUCGGCAAAGCCAUGUGUAAGAUAGUCUCCUAUGUCACAGCCAUGAACAUGUACGCCAGCGUGUUUUUCCUGACAGCCAUGAGCGUUGCGAGGUAUUGGUCACUCGCCUCCGCGUUCAAGCGCAGGCGGCGGCGGACAAACUGCUGCACCGCGCGGUGCAUCACUGUUUUCAUCUGGUUUGCCGCUGUAACCGCCGCUCUGCCCCACGCGGUUUUCUCCACAACUGCCACAGUUUCCGAUGAGGACUUGUGCCUUGUUAAAUUCCCGGAAACCAACGGAACUGCGCAGCUUUGGUUAGGACUCUAUCAGUCCCAGAAAGUGAUGCUGGGCUUUGUGGUGCCGCUGGGAAUCAUCUCCGUUUGCUAUCUGCUCCUUUUGCGCUUCAUCACCUCCAAAAACAUCAACAGCUCCAGCGCCAAAAGGCGCGCAAAGGUCACCAAGUCUGUCACCAUUGUUGUCUUGUCAUUUUUCCUCUGCUGGCUGCCCAACCAGGCGCUGACAGCCUGGGGAAUCCUCAUCAAAUUCAACGUGGUUUAUUUCAGUUAUGAGUACUACACCACGCAGGUGUACGUCUUUCCCGUGUCCGUGUGCCUGGCGCACUCCAACAGCUGCCUGAACCCCAUCCUGUACUGCCUUAUGAGGCGAGAGUUCAGGAAAGCGCUGAAGAAACUCUUCUGGCGGAUGACUUCGCAGACGUUGACCACCAUAAGGCCGAUCACAGCCUCCACUAAGCCAGAACUGGACGAGCAAGGCCAAGUCUUGGUCCCCAUCAGCGCGCCCGUGGAGCCCGCUGUGGUGUUUUAUCCUCCGGGGGCUGUUAUGUACAAUGACAGGCGAGAUCUCCCGCAAAACAGCACUUAGUGUAACCU